AUCGCAGCACAUGAUUACGUCAAGGUUUGCGCGUCCAGUCGCCUAUGGGUCAAAUUUGAAAACAUCUUCAAAGGCUGCCCGACCCUACGCCUCCAAGACCUCACCAAAAACGACAUGGAGAUAUACGUCAGCGGUCGCCUCAGUGUCAGCAAGGCCAUUGUCAUGCUGCAAGAAAAACAGUCGAAUGAGGCAAAAAGGUUAAUCUCCAGUAUCGUGAAUAUAGCAAGUGGUGUGUUUUUGUGGGUAAGGCUGGUGCUGAACUCGCUCAUCAAAGGCUUGGACCUUGACGAUGAUUUUGAAGAUCCGACAAAGAGGCUUCGGCGCCUUCCGCGCGGACUUGAGGAGCUCUACGCCCGCAUUCUGAGGAGAAUUGACCCGUCCUUCUAUCUUAGUGAGGCAGCCAUGCUCUUUGAAGUUUUGCGAACGGUGAGGCAGAACGAAAACUUGGCAAUGAUCCAGAUCAGAGACGACGAGUGGUCUGGGUGA